CGCGCAGCGGAGGGCGGCGCGGGCGGCAUGGGGACUGCGGCGGCGGCGGCGGCUGCGGCGGCCGGGGAGGGGGCGCGCGGCCCGAGCCCCGCCGCCGUGUCGCUCGGCCUGGGCGUGGCCGUGGUGUCGAGCCUAGUGAACGGGUCCACGUUCGUGCUGCAGAAGAAGGGCAUUGUGCGCGCUAAAAGGCGAGGUACUUCCUACUUAACCGACAUCGUAUGGUGGGCCGGCACAAUUGCAAUGGCUGUUGGCCAGAUUGGAAACUUCCUGGCUUACACUGCGGUCCCUACAGUCCUGGUGACUCCCCUGGGUGCCCUUGGAGUACCAUUUGGGUCCAUUUUAGCUUCUUAUCUUCUGAAGGAAAAACUCAACAUCUUGGGCAAGUUGGGGUGUCUGCUAAGCUGUGCAGGUUCUGUUGUGCUGAUUAUCCAUUCCCCGAAGUCUGAGAGUGUGACAACUCAGGCUGAGUUGGAGGAGAAGCUGACCAACCCAGUGUUUGUGGGCUACCUGUGCAUUGUGCUGCUUAUGCUGCUGCUACUGAUCUUCUGGAUUGCACCAGCCCAUGGGCCCACCAACAUCAUGGUCUACAUCAGCAUCUGCUCCUUGCUGGGGAGUUUCACUGUGCCUUCCACCAAGGGCAUUGGGCUGGCAGCCCAAGACAUCUUACACAACAAUCCAUCUAGUCAGAGAGCCCUCUGCCUGUGCCUUGUGCUCCUGGCUGUCCUGGGCUGCAGCAUCAUUGUCCAAUUCAGGUACAUCAACAAGGCCCUGGAGUGCUUCGACUCCUCUGUGUUUGGGGCCAUCUACUACGUUGUAUUUACCACGCUGGUCCUACUGGCUUCAGCCAUCCUAUUCCGGGAGUGGAGCAAUGUGGGCCUGGUGGACUUCUUGGGCAUGGCCUGUGGAUUUACAACUGUCUCCGUGGGAAUUGUUCUUAUCCAAGUGUUCAAAGAAUUCAAUUUCAACCUUGGGGAGAUGAACAAAUCCAAUAUGAAAACAGACUAAGAUGCAGCUGCGGGUUGGAGGCUUGAAGAACAGGCAUUGGAAGGGGUCUGUGGUUUUGACUAGAUGUCAAGUGGAAAAGACUCUCAGUGAGAGUUGUCUGUGUACUAAUGAUCUAGUGGACAAUAGGGAGCCUUGCUUUACACCAGGGUGGGGUCCAGACCUCUGCAGUACAAAGCUCCCAAUGGUUGUCUGGGUGUAAACUCUCUCUGAUGAGACAAGUCCUGUUUUCAUUUCCAUUAACCUAGACACUUUCAUAAUUACUUGUUUAAAGCAGUUUAACAUGAUUUAACCAGAUAAUAAGGGUGAGGUCUUUCUAGUUAGUCUUUGUAGGGGAGCAGAUGUUCUUACUUAAGUACUUUGGGAAAGGAAGAAACUGUUGUGAAGUCUGGCUUUGUACAGUACACAUCACUGACUUUGUCUGUGUUAAGCAUGUAUAGCAUUCAGGUAGUUUACUCAAAUAAGAGGUGUAUGAAUUGAGUUGUUGUUAGUCCUUUAACAACCUGACUCUCCUACAUGUUCCCCCAAACAGUAGUAAGCAGAGAGAGAAGAGUUAAUGAUGGUGGUGCAGAGUUCCAUUGACAGGAUGACUUUCCAGUAGCUCAAAUCGAUUUUAGUGCCUUUAUCAUUUGAAUUAUUCACUUAAUUUAACUGCUGGGUGUAUAUGUGAAAUGUUCUAAUUAGAGAUAUGUAAAGCACUUAGAAAAAUACUGUGUUCAGUGGAAGAUAGUGAAAACUAGAGAUACAGAAAAAAAAAUCUAAAAGUGACUCAUUUCUGUAUCGUCAUCCAAUUAAGGACAACUGAUUAAUUUUGAAGAGAUAUUUUAUUUUCACUUAACCUAUGUUACUUGGAUCCAUUAUGAAAACAUCUGCUUUCUGUUUCAGGAGGCAUUGUACCCAUUCAGAAGAAAUAAACUAUUAAACUUGACAAUAAGAUUGUUAAAUUAGAGAGUGUCUAUUAAGUACAUACCACAGGAGUUUAGUAUGUACCUCAAUAUAGGAACAGGUCAAGGACACAGCUUAGAACUGUUUCUACAAAGGGUAAUGCAUACUUUCUAAGGGAGUUUCUAGCAAAGAUGAAAACAAUUUAGCUUCUUAUUGUUUGAAAUGGUAGAACCUUCUAAAGUUCUUACCAAACAUCUUACUAAACCUUCUGACUGUAUGCAAGGUCCUGGGUUUGAUAACCAGCAUCAAAAAACAAACUACAAAACAAAACAGCCUUCUUAAAUGGAAAAUAGUUAUUAAUUAUGCAGCAUUUUAGAUCUGAAAUGAUUCUUCUGGCCAUAGUAGCCUUCCCUGUGUAUUAAACUGGAGCAAGGUACAAAGUGAUACAAUAUAACAUUUAUAUACCAUAUUAUGAUGUUGUAUAUUCCAUAUGCUCUGUUUUAUCUAAAUGGGAUGUGCCAAGUUUAAAAACGGGGUUGGUAAAGUAAAUUAGGUGAGAUAGAACAUGAAUUUUAAUAAUUCCCAAUUAAACUUCUCACUAAGGCAAAAAUGUACUUUUCCAGAUAAAAAGAGCAUUUCUAAAGUAAAGACCCAAAGACUAGUUCACUGAACUGUAGAAUAAAAAGGCUAAAUAAAAUACUAGUUUAACAUAAGGGAUCUGGUUAUCUGGCUCAUUUGUCACAUUCAAUGAAUUGAAAGUAUGAAUGAUGACCUUGGUGUAUCAGUUAGUGAUUUGUGAACAGAAAAAAAAAAAAAA